AAAGUCAUCUGAAUCAUUUUGAUGUUUGCUCCUAUAAAAACCUUGCAAUAUUUUAUAGGGUCCCCACUAGGCUGACGGAUUCAAGUUUUCUCUCUUCCACUUUGCUACUCCUUUGACCCUCAGAAACUCCUGAUUCUGGUCAUAACUAGUCGUGGGAUUGUAAAACCAUGGUCUAACAAUAACCAGCUGUUUUGUAAUUUGCAUACCCUUAAUUAAGGUAAAACAAAAACUAUAAAUAGCAAUGGUCAACAAUGUUUUUCAUAAACCUCAUACACAGUAAGAUUUUCUAAUCCAUUAUUUCAUUUUCUGUCCUUUUACAAUAUGGGUCCUUUGUUUUCAACUUCUUCUGCUGGAAAAUGGCUGGGAUUGGUCACAGCUAUUUGGGUUCAGGCAAUUUGUGGCAACAAUUACACAUUUGCGAAUUACUCUGACGCAUUAAAAUCAUUAAUGGCUCUUACUCAGCUGGAGCUCAAUAAUCUUUCAGUCGCUAAAGAUGUUGGCAAGGCUUUUGGGCUUCUUUCUGGCUUGGCUUCCGAUUGUUUGCCAACCUCAGUUUUACUCAUCAUUGGAUCACUCGAAGGGUUUGUAGGAUAUGGAGUUCAAUGGCUUGUUGUCAGCCAACGAAUUCGUCCUCUUCCUUACUGGCAGAUGUGUAUAUUCCUGUGUCUGGGAGGCAACAGCACAACAUGGAUGAACACAGCAGUUCUAGUGACUUGCAUGCGCAAUUUUCCAAAAAAUCGUGGUCCGGUCUCAGGUAUCCUUAAGGGUUACGUUGGACUCAGCACUGCCAUCUUCACAGAUAUCUGCACAGCUCUCUUCUCUUCUGACCCUUCUACAUUUCUCCUCAUUCUUGCCGUUGUUCCUGCCAUUGUUUGCCUCACUGCUGUCUUCUUCCUCCACGAAACCCCACCAGCUUCAAGGCCAAGUGAAUUACAAAAAGAAACACAACAUUUCCACAUCUUUAAUAGCAUUGCUAUCAUAUUAGCUGUCUAUCUAUUGACCUUUGAUAUCACUGGAAGUCAUGGCCAGUUUUUGUCAUUGAUAUUUGCAGUAGGACUUCUUAUCCUUCUAGCUACUCCAUUGGGAGUCCCAUUAUAUUCUAUUCUGUCCAAAACAAGGUCUAAUUCUGAUAUUGAGCAACCAAUCGAAGAGCCAUUGCUUGUGAAACAAUUAAGGAAGUCAGACACAGCAACUGCUGGUGUUAAGCUAGAGGAUCUUGAAAGAAAACGACCAUUGAUUGGGGAGGAUCACACAAUCACUGAGAUGAUAAGAACAUUUGACUUCUGGAUAUUGUUUGUGUCAUUUCUUUGCGGUGUUGGAACAGGGAUGUGUGUGAUGAACAACAUGGGACAAAUGGGGCUAGCUCUUGGCUACUCUGAUGUAUCCAUUUUCGUAUCUCUCACUAGCAUUUGGGGUUUCUUUGGACGCAUUGCUUCAGGUUUAUUAUCAGAAUACUACAUCUGGAAAUUUGGGACACCGAGGCCUCUCUGGAAUGCAGCUUCUCAAGUUCUAAUGGCUAUUGGAUAUUUAAUCAUGGCUUUUGCCUUGCCAGGAUCACUGUAUAUCGGCUCAAUUCUGGUUGGAAUAUGCUAUGGAGUUCGCCUGACUAUAACAGUCCCAGUUGCCUCAGAAUUAUUUGGGCUAAAAUAUUAUGGUCUUUUAUACAACAUCCUAAUUCUGAACCUUCCCCUGGGCUCAUUCCUAUUCUCUGGCCUGCUUGCUGGUUAUUUAUAUGAUGCCCAAGCCAGUGCCAAUGCUGAUGGAGGCAACAGCUGUUUUGGGGCUCAUUGUUACUGGCUUGUCUUUGUGAUCAUGGCUGUAGCAUGUGUCCUAGGAUUGGGCCUGGAUAUGUUAUUGGCCAUCAGAACUAGAAAUGUCUAUGCCGAGAUUCAUGAGAGCAAAAAAUCCAUUGCUUCAACUACAGAUUCUUCAUCAGCAAAUAAUUGAGCAAAUGCUUAUUUCUAUGGCUGUAAAUUAUAGUAUAGUAGUUGUAUUAUUCUCUUUGGGAUUUAAUUACCAAGUAAAACUUGAUUGAUUUUAUAAAAAAAAAAUCUCGAUUUAACUUCAAUUAGUACAGUUUACUAUUUGAUAUAAAUGAUAAUAUUGUUUAUUAAAAUCAAAAGCCAAUUUGAAUAUCAAUCCAUAUCUAUAUCACUCAAGAUAUUUUUUGUAGGUUAAUAGUAUAAUUUAUAUAUUUAGUGGUUACUAAAGAAGUCCUAAGUUUCAAACUUUUCAUAAUUAAUUGUUGAAUAAUUAUUCAUCUACACUAUCUUUACAU